UCGACCACCGUUCGGACCACGUCCCCGCCUGUUGUGGAGACGUCCAGCACAGUCCCGACGGUCACCACGACGGGAGGCCGCACACCAUCUCCACCGCCUCGGACCACCACGACACCUCCAGCACCGUGUCCACGACCACCACGGGCACCCCCACCGCCAGCGCCUCGACGUCCACGCCCACCCCCCUGUCCUCUCCGACCACCGUCAUGACCACGACCUCAUAUUUCAGCUCUUCCACCCUCGUCAAAUGCUGCAUCUUGAAUGAAACCCACUUUUACGCGCCAGGGGAGAUGGUGUACAACGGCACGCAUGGAGACACCUGCUACUAUGUGAACUGCUCGGUCACCUGCAACCUGGAGUUCUACAACUGGUCCACACCGGCCACUACCAAGCCCCCUGGGUGCCCAGACUUUGAUCCUCCCAGACAGGAGAACGAGACCUGGUGGCUGUGCGAGUGCCUCAUGGCCAUUUGCAAGCAUGACAACACAGUGGAGAUCGUGGAGGUGGAGUGCAAGCCCCCGCCCAUGCCCACCUGCUCCAACGGCCUCAAGCCCGUGCGCGUCAUGGACCCUGACGGCUGCUGCUGGCACUGGGAGUGCGACUGUGAGUCCCUCCUCCACGGGGUGCAGGUGAACGGGCAGGCGGUGGCGCUGCCCUACAAGAAGUAUGGGCUGCAGGUGUACCAGUCGGGCAUCAACUACAUGGUGGACAUCCCCGAGCUGGGCGCCCUCGUCUCCUACAACGGGCUGUCCUUCUCCGUCCGGCUGCCCUAUCGCUUGUUUGGCAACAACACCAAGGGCCAGUGCGGCACCUGUACCAACAACACUGCGGAUGACUGCGUCCUGCCCAGUGAGGAGGUCAUCUCUGACUGCGAGAUUGCGGCUGACGACUGGGUGGUGAAUGACCCAUCCAAGCCACACUGUCCUCAAGGCAGCUCUACGACCAAGCGCCCGACCAUCACGACCCCAGGGGCUGGCAGACCCACCCCACCUAAAAACUGCACAGCGUCUCGUCUCUGCCAGCUCAUCAAAGACAGCCUGUUCGCCCAGUGUCACGCCCUCGUGCCCCCACAGCACUACUACGACGCCUGCGUGUUUGACAGCUGCUUCGUGCCCGGUGAGGGCCUGGAGUGCGCCAGUCUGCAGACCUACGCAGCCCUCUGUUCCCACCAGGGCGUCUGCAUCGACUGGAGGAACCACACACGCGGGGCCUGCUCGGUGCAGUGCCCAGCUCACAAGGAGUACCAAGCCUGUGGCCCCGCAGAAGAGCCCACUUGCAAGUCCAGCUCUUCCCAGCAGAACUCCACAGGCCUGGUGGAAGGCUGCUUCUGUCCCAAGGGCACCAUAAACUAUGCCCCCGGCUUUGACGUCUGCGUGGAGAUGUGCGGCUGUGUGGGGCCAGACAACGUGCCCAGAAAG